UCUGCACCUGCCACACAGUCCAUCCUCUGAAGCCGUUGUCCUGCUCAUCUUCCCAAAGCCUCAGCGUUAUGACACCUAUGUGGAUGGUGUCUUUGUUCCCCCAGCCAACCUCAACACCUCUGCAGCCGGCUACAAGCUGUUGCCUGAGAACCCCACCCAUCCUCAGGCUUUCCUUCCCAUGUUGGACAAUGCUGAAGUGGCCAGCGCUCACACUACAAGCCUGAAUGGCGAGGAGGAGGAGGGAGCAAUUGGUGGGGAGGUGAUUCCCUACAAGAAGCUGGUGCAGAGUCUGGAGAAGGCCGUCAAUAGAUUCCAGGAUGGAUCAUGCAGCAACUGUGCCUCUCUCUCUUGGUGAGUGACCCCAUCGAGCCACCACCCAAGGAAGCCCCUCCAAAGGCCACAGAGGAGGAAGGCAGUGUUGUCAUUCUGGAUGCCAAGCUGUUCUACAAGCAGCAGGAGAAGGAGGUGGCAGAGAAGAUCAAGGAGAGCCUGGCAAUGACUGAGUAUGCCAAGCCAUCCAGUGCAUUGGUGCUGAGUGGUGUGUCCAGCAGUGUGGUGCAGUACACAGUGUUUGAAAUGCAGCUGUCCUUUACUGUGCUGGAUACAGAGGGUGCACCCACCAGUGACCUGGGCCACAAGAGUGAUCCCUGGCAGGUCACGGCAAGUCUCUUGGGAGGUCCGCCAGGUGCCAUCCUCAUGGGCACCACAACAGUUCCCAACAGGAAUGGCACUGCCAUCUUCACCAACCUGUCUGUCAGCAAGCCCGGGGAAGGCUACAACCUCACUUUCACCAUCACCUACCCCAGCUAUGCUCCAGCCCUCACCACCACCCUGGAGGAGACCUUCAGCUUGACAAAGAUGAGUGCAGCAAUGGUCCUGCAGCAGCCCAGCAUAGUGCAGGCCGGACAACCCACCACCAUCACUGUUCACUUUGUUGACAAGGACUCUGGCUUGGUGCUUAAUGGCCUGGCUUUCAAGGUGAGGAGACAGACAGGCAUGAUUGACUUAAAUGUUGUAUAUAAAGAGUAAUAAAAUAAUAUAAUCUUUG